GAAGAUUUGAAAAGAGUGCAUAUGGACGCUGAUAUUUUGUGUUCAAGUAACUGAAUCCACCCAAAUGGGUCAUGGCUGCCAAUAUCAUCAUGAGCGCACAACGCAGAAGUCUUAUCACAACAAAGCAGGUUGAAGAAUGUGUCACGUGAAGUAAAUGAAGCAGAGAUGGCAAAACCUAAUGAGAAGGUCUUUUCAGUUUCCUACCUAACCAUUCUGAUACUCAUGGAUGACACUUCAAAAUUCAGCCAAUCUCUUCCUCUUCCUUGCUCUCCAAGAUGGUCUACAGAACAUACCCCUACCAAUAAAAAAUAAAAAUUAAAAAACUCCUGUCCUGUGGCGAAUAUAAUAUUAUAACUUCAAUCAUCUCCAAGUGUUAAAUGGUAAGUUGCUGAGUCAGACAGGUUUUUUCUCGGUGGAUAUAAAGAUAGCAGAGCUAAAUGCUUCAUGCUUGACGGGCAAGCAAAAACUAUUAAUAUCAUAUUGUGGGUUAUUUCGUAAUUUCAAGUCUUUCGCCUUCUGACAGUCAAACGCCUCAUUCACAUGCUGGUGUGACUGAAUUAUUUUCACCGACUUUUGUAACAAAACCGGUCUCUUCCUCACGUGACUCAUUUGUUCAACAGAACUGUUACGGUCAUUGACUGUCACUCAUUUCUAAUCACAGACAAACCGGCAACAAUUUUGAACUGGGACCCGUGAUACGGUAUCCAAUGCGAUUAAAGCUGUGAUGCAAUAUCUGUGUUGGUCUGUGCAACUAAAUAUAUAUUCCUUGGGCCCCAAGCAGUAAUCGGAGGGCCAACCACGUUUACGGAAUUAAAUAUCCGCGUGUUGAAAAUCGACGGCUCUAAUAUAAGAUGCGGCGGGCCGUUCCGGUGGUCACGGGAGAUACCGGUUGUAUCAAAUAACUCUUUCUCAUUAUUUUCUUAAUCCUCCAGUUUAAAAUUAAUUAAUCACUAAAAAAAAAUUCGAAAUCGUAACUUCCGAGACUAAAAUAAGGGAGUAAAAAACAGGUUUAGCCAAAAAAAAGUCAAGCCAUUCAGGAUUCUCCUAUAAAACUGCGAUUCUUGGCCUUUUGACCCUUCCUGCAACUGAAGCGCUGGUUAACUUGGCACCUUCACUUCCUCUCUCAAAGCUCUCUGCUUUACCCCCGUUUCUGGUGUUUUUGAUUUUGUUUAAUAUUCAUUUGUCAUUCUACAAUGAAUCAAGCUAUUUCGUCUCGUACCAAAUACUCAGAACACCGGACGAUUACUACUAAGUUUGUGAAGCCAUCUGGGAUUCAAACAAAAGUAGUUCGCAUUUUGGUGACGGAUGGUGAUGCCACUGACUCGUCAAGCGGCGAGGAUGAAGAUUACUUCUGGUCUGUUCGAGUGAAGAAGCACAUUAACGAGAUCAAGAUUGAAGAUUGUUCAAAAUUCAUGAAUGAGAAUCUAGCCAAUAACAACAGAGACAGAAUCACAAAGCCAAUCAAGCAAAAAGCAAGUGGCAGAUCUAACGGCAACAAGUACAGAGGCGUGAGACAAAGGCCAUGGGGGAGAUGGGCAGCGGAGAUCAGAGACCCGUCUCAAAGAACAAGAGUGUGGUUAGGGACUUUUGACACUGCAGAAGAGGCUGCUCUUGUUUACGACAAAGCUGCUAUUCGCAUUAGAGGGCCUGAUGCUCAAACAAAUUUCAUCAAACCCCCGGAGAGAAAUGGAAAUACGACGCCGUUAGAACUUGAUGUUGUUACAGUUUCUGGGUAUGAUUCAGGUAAAGAAUCUGUGACAAUAUAUUCACCGACGUCUGUUUUGAGAUUCCAGUCAAAUGAAAAUGAAGAAGCUGAACAAAGAACAGAGUGUCAAAUCAAGACUGAGACUGAAAGUGAAUGGAGACAAGCUCAAGACUGUUUCUUCUUAGAUGAGGGGUUCUUGGAUUCUGAAACACCUCCUCGGAUAUUUUUCGAUGAGAUGAGUGUGCCGCUUUCGACAGAAAAUUUAGAUGACAUCUCAGUAAGUUUGGAUGGUGAUUUCAGGUCAUGCAUAUGGGACGUUGAUGAUUACUUUCAAGACCAUACUUUGCCAUUGCAUUGAUCGACACUCAGUAAUGGAGAUAGUUGCUUCAAGUUGGUGUUUAUCUUCAUGUUUGGUAAAUUCCGAGUGGAAUUUUACUCGGAAUUUUGGGUAUAUAAAACCAAGCAUAUGUGUAAAUUCUUUGCUUUAUUAUUUAUUUUUCUCAUGAAAAAAUUGGUGCAGUGUGAAACUAUGAAAAUGGAAUGGUGUGAUUGUAGGAA